AUGGAUGAUGACAAUUCGACUAUCAGCACUGGGAGGGCGCCUACUGAUGAUGAUUAUCAAGAGGGCCAGGAUAUGCUACAUCACUAUACACUGCUGCUAUUCGACGAUAAGCUCCACCUAGCCCCCAUUGACAAGAAUCCUCAGAAAAUCCUCGACAUUGGUACCGGGACUGGAAUAUGGGCCAUUGACAUGGCCGAUGAGUACCCGUCUGCCGAAGUACUUGGAACAGACAUUUCAGCCGUCCAGCCUGCAUUCGCGCCUCUAAACUGCAGCUUUCAAAUCGAGGAUGCCCAACUCGACUGGACAUUCAAGCCCGAUGAGUUUGACUUCAUCCAUAUCCGGUAUCUUUACGGUGCGAUUGACGACUGGAAGAAACUAUACCGUCAAGCGUUUGCCCACGUACGACCAGGGGGUUGGGUCGAGAGUCUUGAGAUCGACAUUGAAACACACAGCGAGAACCCCAGGAUCGAGAAGGACGAAGGACACAUUUUCAAGAAAUGGUGCAAACUAUUCUUUGAAUGCGGCCGUCAAACUGGUCGAACUUGGGAGAUUGCACGGGAUGGCCGUCAGGAGGAGUAUAUGCGAGAAGCAGGAUUUACAGAUCUAUUUUCUAAAUCGUGGAAGCUCCCAGUUGGAGGCUGGCCUCAAGAUAAGAAGCUGAAGCAGAUUGGUCUUUAUAAUGGGGCUUUUAUUGACCACUCUAUCGAUGCUUUUGCCAUCUUCCCAAUCGGAGAGAUCCUAGGUUGGUCGGAAGAGGAGGUUACGAUUUUGGUCAGCCAGAUGCGAAAGGCACUCAAGGAGCCAAGAGCACUGCCCUAUUUCAAUGCUCGUAUGGUCUAUGGUCGAAAGCCUGAAAGUACUCCCAAGACUGCUUGA